GUGUUAGUUUUUAAGAUGCAAAUUUAAGAUGCAAAUAUAAGAUUAGACAAUAAAAACUAUUUAUAGAUUCCUCAGUACUUAUAAGAUCUUCAAGAUAUAUUAAUUUAACUCGAAUGGCACAAAACGCACUAAUGUGGCACACUUUUUGGCACAAUCGAACACGGUUUUGCUGGCAACACUGCAUAGAAGUCGUUCCGUUUCACUCCAUGUAUAUUUCAUGCGCGCAUGAAGAUAGUCUCCCACCACCAUGUCGUGCUAUAGUGUGCAGCGCAUGAGAACGCAUGAACUGCCUCAGCUCCCGAGGAGACGUAAUCCAUGCACGAUAGCCAUUUAGGCGAGAAAGAUUAUCAUCAGAAAUUUGUAAGAGUUUAUGCACACUUGAUUUAUUUUAUAAUUCUGUAAAGAUGAGCGGAAAAAAAUUUGAAGUUUAUGUCAAUGAUGAAUUAUGGACAUUUAACGUCUCCAACGCUGAAUUCGAAGCAGCAACAACUGGCAGGCUGAUAUGUCAUAAUAAAAUAUGGGUGGAUAUUGCCAGUGAAAUGAAUAAAGCAACGUAUAAUGUCACUGCUAUACAAUGUCAAAAUAAAAUGUCAGGAUUGAAAAGAACAUACAAAAAUAUAUCUGACAGCAACAAUCAGGUAAUCAUGCAAGUUUUUGGGCCUUUUACUCUGGUAUGGAUUCAAUAUUUGGGAAAAAAGCCUGGAUAG